GACCUGGGAAGUUAAAUGUAAAGCUUGAGAGGAUGAAAUUCCCGCCCAGGAUACAAACCUACCUGUCCUGGCUACUCUUUCACUGCUCCGGGACACCUGAACGAUGUAACCCUGAGACAGAGAAGCCGCCGCUUUGCGUGGGAAACGGCGCCUCUUAGGUCGUCUUGAUCUUCGGGUGCCGCCGUCACCUGAAAGUUAGUGGGCUGGGUUCUUUUAGGUUCGGUUCGGUUUGGUUCUUUUUAGAAAAGACAAGCGAUCUCCAACUGCAACAUUUUGUGCUUCAAAUCGUACCCCGUUUUCCAACGAGGAAGCCGAAGGGGGCCCCUUUCGGCUCCUCCAGCAAUGCCGCCUCAGGAGCUCUUGGAUUACUCGCCCACCUUGCGAAGAAGCGGCUGCCCCAGCCGAGGGAGCGGCUCGGAGCUGGGCAUUAAGUGUGUCCUCAUCGGGGAUGGAGCCGUGGGCAAAACCAGCCUGAUUGUCAGCUACACAACCAAUGGAUACCCAGACCACUACCAACCGACUGCGCUAGACACCUUCUCAGUUCAAGUCUUGGUUGAUGGUGCACCCGUUCGUAUCCAGUUGUGGGACACUGCAGGACAGGAAGACUUUGAUUGCCUCCGCUCUCUCUGUUACUCUGACACAGAUGUCUUCCUGGUCUGCUUCAGCGUUGUAAAUCCCACCUCCUUCCAAAACAUUACAGAAAAAUGGAUUCCAGAAAUAAGAACUCACAAUCCACAAACACCAGUAGUGCUAGUAGGGACACAAGCUGACCUGAGAGAUGAUGUCAAAGUAUUAAUCAGCCUGAAUCACUACCAUGUAAAACCUGUGGCGAGAACACAAGCAGAAGGCCUGGCUGAAAAAAUCCGGGCUCAGACUUAUGUAGAGUGCUCUGCUUUGACUCAAAAGAACCUGAAGGAAGUUUUUGACACAGCCAUUGUUAGUGCAGUUGAAUACAAAGCCCAACAGGAAAAGAAAAUGACAGCUAAAGGAAUCAAAACUCUUUCUAAAUGUCGAUGGAAGAAAUUCUUCUGCUUUGUCUGACACUGACUCCAGUAAGAAACAUUUGUAAACCAAAGUAGUCUGGAGCUCAAACUCUUGUUGGAUUAUGGCGAAACUUGCCUGGGAGUGAAGAAGGAGAAGUGUAGCAUCAAAUGGUCCAUGCUACCUUCAAACAUCUGGGACGGGAUGGUCUGAUGCUGAUGUACUGAGUCCAGCAGCCAAGUUAAUUUAUAUAUACAUAUAUUUCAGGCAAGAUGACCAGUUUUUACAGCUUUUGAAGGCUUGAUAGCAUAUUAAUUGAACAAAUUAAUUAAAUCUGGAGUAACUAUCCCAACUUGCCUACAGGGCACAAGAGCAGGGAAGGUUGAAUGAAACUUGAUUUAAUGCUUCAGUUAUAAAUUUGAGAGUUAUAUCUCAUUUUCAAGUCAUAAUGAAUAGAGGAUUGAUGCAGAGGAUUAAUGCAGAACUAAAAUUUCCACUUCAACCCUCUUAAAAGUAAAAGAAAGCAAAAUAACUGAGAUAUAACUGAGGAUUAAUCCAUGUUUGGGGUGAAUAGUGGCUAUGUCACAUCCUUAAAACAACACAAUAUUUCCCAAUGAAAUUAUGUGGGAAAAUGCCUAUGGCUCAAAAAACAACAACCAAGUAUGAUAUAGUGCUGUUCUAAGAAUAUUUGGAUUCAUAUGUGAAAAGCAUACCACAAACUGAAAUAUUGCAGAAAAUAUGUGGUUAUAUAUGUGUGUAUGUUUGAAUGUGAAAUAAUUUCUGAACAUUUUCAACAGGAAUGUAGUCUGGGCAUCCACUGAAAAGAUUGAUACAUGAUUUGCUUUGAUGUAAACUUUCUGUGUGAACAAACUUUCUGAUUCAUUUUUAAAGUCAUCCUUAGAAAGUAUUUUAGAAUAAUCAAACUUUAACCUGUUCAAACUAAAUUCAAGAUUAAAAGUCCAGAAGCUCUGA